CCCUCAAUCACGGUUUACACGAGGCGUCGAUGAUCGAUUUACGAAAUACCCAAUUAAUACGAAAAUCACUUUUCAAAUCACCCGUAGGCAUUUAUCGUCAUGUCGAUUCCACCAGGGACUCGGAUUAUCCAGGGGCAAAAUCAGAGAAGAAAUGAAAACGAUGGAAAACCUUCGGGGAUAAGAGUUAGAAAAAUUACAGACGAAACUCCGAACCUGCAGAUUCAAGAGAGCGAUUUUGUUUGGAACAAUUUACACAAUUUAAAAUACGUCGAAGUGAUUAACGAAUUCCACGACAUCAUUGCCGGACAAUUUGCGGGACAGAGACACGAAGAUUCCUUCAGAAUCGUGUACGACAAAAGAGGGGAACCCGUUUCAUCGGUACUUCUGGCCCCAGCGAUAAGCCCUCGUUUCGAAAGUUAUCCAGCGAUGAGAAUCUACAUGUAUGACAAGAACAGCGGGAAGCUCGUUGACUUUCUACAGUAUUAUUUAAACCUGACAAAAGCGAACUACGAAUGUAACAAAAACGAAGGGGAAAAAUACUGGAACAUCGGUUACUCAUUUCGCGAUUAUUAUCGACUCCCCGACGCUACGACAAAAAGCUUGGAAAAACUGGUGCAAAACUUCGGAAAAGACGAUUACCUAUUCCAACGAUUAUAA